UCUCUUAAACCCUGUCUAAAGAAGCCAAUUAACUCCAUAAUAUCAAAUUACAAUAUGAAGCCUUCAUCAAAACCAUCAGAAGGGAAGCGAUUCAUUCUCUCAUCUGUCACUUUCAUCUUCUUCCUCUGUGCAUUAGCUUCCAUCAAUGAAAUCAGAUUCGAGAGCUUGUUUAAGCUUGGAAGAUGUGCUCUUUCCAACGCCCCUCUGCCUCUCAACUCAUCUUCAGAAAUGUCCACACUUGCACCCAAUUCCUCAUCCGAUGACAUUCGGAUUCUGAUCGGAAUCCUCACACUUCCCGAUCAGUACCAUCGCCGCCAUUUCCUUCGUCUCAUAUAUGGUACGCAGACUCCGGUGGGGGCACAAGUGGACGUGAAGUUCGUGUUUUGUAACCUCACAAAGGAAGACCAGAAGGUAUUGGUUGCACUCGAGAUAAUGCGAUACGAUGAUAUCAUAAUCCUCAACUGUAAAGAAAAUAUGAACAAUGGCAAGACUUACACCUUCUUUUCGAGCUUGCCCGAGAUAUUCAACUCCUCGGAUAGGCCUUACCCUCCUUACCAUUACGUGAUGAAAGGAGACGAUGAUACAUACUUGAGGUUAGACAAGUUGGUGGAGUCAUUAAGGCCAUUACCAAGAGAAGACUUGUAUUACGGGUACGUAAUCCCAUGCCCCAGCAUGGACCCUUUUGUUCAUUACAUGUCUGGGAUGGGAUAUUUGGUAUCAUGGGACAUAGCUGAGUGGAUUAGAGAAUCGGAGAUUCCUAAAAAUCAUUUGGAAGGGCCCGAGGAUAAGGUAUUUGGAGAGUGGCUACGAGAUGGACAUCGGGCUAAAAACAGGUUCAACGCUAAGUGGUCAAUGUACAAUUAUCCUGAGCCGCCCACAAGGUGCACGCAUGAGCUAUGGCCCGACACCAUCGCUGUGCAUUUGUUGAAGAAUCAGGAGAAGUGGAUUCAUACCUUGAAGUAUUUCAAUGUUACCACCAAUUUGAAACCUUCUAAAUUAUAUCACAUACCCUAGAACUUCUUUAUUAUUCUUUCAUUUCUCUGAUUCUAAGUCCACCUACACACAAAAUUUUGAUUUUGUUCAUUCAUUCUUCCGGUUCAAAUAAAGUGUAUCGAGCUUUGGUUCAAUUAAUGCCACUUGUGUAAAAAAUUAACUAAAAAGGGUUUAUGCAUCAAGUUUGGUGAU